AAUUAAUCAUAAAUUAAAUCGCCCCUUUCGAGAAAAAGGUUCUGCUGUGGUUUUAAAUUGUCUCUAGCUUCGAAUACCGUAGCAUAAUCGCUCGCUCAGAUGCAAGCGAAGAAAAAGAAGAAGAGCCCAGUGUAGAAGCAAACAACAAAAAAGGGCGACGCAGAAAAGAGAAACUUUCCUUCGCAUUCGGAAAUAGUGAAGAAAAGGACGACGUUUUUUUUUUGGCGUGUAUUAUUAUUGUAUGAAGGUGUAAAAAAGGUUCGCUGUUUCGUAUUGCACCGUUUGUGCGUGUAAAACGUGCCGUUAGCGUGUGUUUUCCAGGCCCGCAAGAACCAAUUUCCCAACCCCUUCGAAAUGAGCUGCAACGAUAAGAACGAUGGUAUUUCGAAGGAGGAAUGGCAAAGUCGUCUCGAAACAUUUCCGUUCAAGCAGGACGACAUUAACAAACUGAUUAUGAACUACUUGGUUACGGAGGGAUUUAAAGAGGCGGCAGAAAAAUUCCAGGCCGAAUCCGGUGUCGUACCGUCGGUGGAUCUGAACUCGCUCGACAACAGGAUACUGAUCCGGGAAGCGGUGCAGAAUGGUUUCAUACAGGAGGCGACCCACCUGGUCAAUCAAUUGCACCCGGAACUGCUCGAUAACGAUCGCUAUCUAUAUUUCCAUCUUCAACAGCUUCAUCUGAUCGAGCUAAUCCGUGCGGGAAAGAUUGAGGAAGCACUUACGUUCGCCCAGACACAAAUCUCCGAGGCGGGCGAAAGCAAUCCGGAAGUGCUGAACGAGCUCGAGCGCACACUUGCGCUGCUCGCAUUCGAGAAGCCCCAGCACAGCCCGUUCGCCGACCUGCUCGAUCAUACCCACCGCCAGAAGGUGGCCAGCGAGCUAAAUGCGGCCAUCCUUAAGACGGAACAGCAGGAACAGUCGAGCCCGCGCAUGAUCAACAUCCUCAAGCUAAUACUAUGGGCACAGACCGAGCUGGACAAAAAGAAUGUCAAGUACCCGAAGAUGAUGGAUCUGGCCUCGGGCACUAUCGAGCCAAAGUAAGGUGCAUGUUAAUAGCGUUGUCGGAAUGCGUGCAUGCGGUGCGUGCGUUCGAUGUGUAAAUGUGUGUGUGUGUGUGAUCGAAGUAUGUGUAUGUGAAUGGGGAAGGAGGAGGGCGUUGUCUAGUUAGUAGGAUGCUUUAAAGCACGAAUGUCGGCCCUGGGCUAAUUUAGUUGGGUAGAGAGCUAUAGAGAGAGAAAGAGAGAGAGAACGAAAAAAAAAUAGGAUUUCUAUAUCUUAAGGAUGGCUGCGUGGAGCCAUUCUCAUAGUAGAAUAGUAGAUAACGCACGGCUUAACAACACGCCGUUUGUGCGAUCAAAUCUCGUCUACUGCUAAAACGGGCCCACCACCAUUUAGGACUGACAGAAUGGCAAUGGGGAAAUCAAAAACAAAAAAAACUUACAGAAUCGAGUGUUAGGAUUGUCGAGAAAACCGUAUGUCCAAAUCUGUUUCAUUUAUUACUUGAAAAACAAGCAAAAAUUGUAACGUUUGGUCAUGACAUACUUAAAAGAAGAGGACACGGAAGAUAAUAUGUUGUUUGCUCUCAGUUUACUAUGUGGUCAGAUCCUUUUAUGUGACAAAUUUACAUACAGUAUCGCACAAUACAAAUGCAACUUGUGAGAGCUAUGAAAAAUCGCUUGAAUAAUUUCAUUUCAUCUGGUAUUUCUUUCACGAAGGUCGUAUUUUGUUCUUUUCUAAUUGCUCAUGAUUUAUAAUUCGGUUGAACUUUCGAAUUUCAAACAAGAUGUUUCGUGGAACGUCCAACAUGACCAAAUUUAAUUUUAAUCCCUACACCUAUGGGAUCUCGUUGAUAGUAGAAUCGAUAGUAACAACGUUAUUUUAAAAAAAUAUAGAGCCUAUACCACGGCCUGCGUAUUAGUUGCACCUGUUUUGUCCGAUGCUGUAUAUUACUAGAUUAUUUGCACAGAAUUAUUCAAUUCGUCGAUGGGUUUACUUCCUUAUUAGCAAUUCCUAGCAUUGUAAUAAAGAAAUAUAUGUUUGCUUGAAUAAUAAUCGUUUGUAAUGGAUUUAAUCUUGCUCGCCUCAGAACAAUAAAACGCAAAAACCUACGCAAAAUUUCUGCGCGGUUGAAACAGUUUGUUUGAUACAUAA